UUUGAGUAGGGAGGAGGGAGGAAGGGGGAGAGAAGAAGAAGAUGACGGAAGUGGCGAGCUCAGUUGUACACGAAGUUUUGGGCAGAAGAGCUCACGACGUCGAUCAACCAAUCGUCGACUAUGUAAUAAACGUCCUCGCUGACGAAGACUUCGAUUUCGGCGCCGAUGGCGAAGGCGUUUUCGAAGCCCUCGGCGAACUCCUCGUCGACUCUGGCUGGGUUCCCGACUUCUCUGAAUGCCGUUUGGCUUGUAGCAAACUAUCAGAGAAAUUUGGGAAGCAUGGGUUGGUCAAGGCAAAACCAACUGUGAGAAGUCUUACAGCACCAUUAAGGAUGUUUGAUGGAAUGGAUGAAGAGGAAGCUCCAAAAAAGAAGCCUGAGCCUGUCGAUGGUCCUUUGCUGACUGAACGUGACAAGAUGAAGCUUGAAAGGAGAAAGAGGAAAGAAGAACGCCAGAGAGAGGCACAAUACCAAAUGCACUUAAAAGAAAUGGAAGCAGUAAAAGAGGGAAUGCCAGUUGUAUGUGUCAAUCAUGACCAGGGUGAUGGAGCAGCUGUCAAGGAUAUCCACAUGGAGAACUUCACUGUAUCAGUCGGUGGACGCGAUCUAAUUGUUGAUGGUUCAGUAACACUUUCUUAUGGAAGGCACUAUGGCCUUGUUGGAAGGAAUGGUACAGGGAAAACUACUUUCCUGCGCUACAUGGCUAUGCAUGCCAUUGAUGGCAUUCCAAAUAACUGUCAGAUACUGCAUGUGGAACAAGAAGUGGUUGGCGAUGAUACAUCAGUUUUGCAAUGUGUUCUGAACACUGAUAUUGAAAGAACCCAGCUUUUGGAGGAAGAAGCUCAUCUCCUUGAAUUACAGAGACAAGUCGACAUAGAAGGUGAAGAUGGUAAGACUGAUGAGAAGUUAGAUAGUGGAGUGGAUAAAAAUGCCAUUGCACAAAGGCUAGAAGAGAUAUACAAACGUCUUGAAUUGAUUGAUGCUGAUGCCGCAGAAUCGCGUGCAGCAUCUAUUCUUGCUGGUCUCAGUUUUUCUUCAGAAAUGCAAAAGAGAGCUACGAAAAGAUUUUCUGGAGGAUGGAGGAUGAGAAUAGCUCUUGCACGUGCAUUAUUUAUUGAGCCUGACAUAUUGCUACUUGAUGAACCCACCAAUCAUCUUGACCUUCAUGCUGUCCUGUGGCUGGAAUUGUACUUGGUGAAAUGGCCGAAGACAUUUAUUGUUGUCUCUCAUGCUAGAGAGUUCUUGAAUACUGUUGUCACAGAUAUUAUCCAUUUGCAAGGGCAACAACUAACUACAUACAGAGGGGAUUAUGAUACAUUUGAAAGAACGCGAGAGGAACAGCUUAAGAAUCAACAGAAAGCAUUUGAGUCAAAUGAACGUUCAAGGGCUCAUAUGCAGACCUUCAUUGACAAAUUCCGCUAUAAUGCGAAGCGUGCAUCUCUUGUUCAGUCGAGGAUCAAGGCACUAGAAAGGAUGGCACAUGUAGAUGAAGUCAUCAAUGACCCUGACUACAAGUUUGAGUUCCCUUCUCCUGAUGAUAGACCUGGCCCACCGAUUAUAAGUUUCAGUGAUGCAUCAUUUGGAUAUCCUGGUGGCUCAUUACUGUUCAAGAAUUUGAAUUUUGGAAUAGAUCUGGAUAGCCGCAUAGCUAUGGUCGGUCCAAAUGGCAUUGGAAAAUCGACCAUACUUAAAUUGAUUGCGGGUGAGCUUCAACCUACCUCGGGGACUGUUUUCCGUUCAGCCAAGGUUCGGAUUGCCGUCUUCAGUCAGCAUCACGUUGAUGGUCUAGACCUUUCAUCAAAUCCUCUUCUCUACAUGAUGCGCUGCUUCCCUGGCGUGCCAGAACAGAAGCUGCGAGCACACUUGGGUUCUUUUGGUAUAACUGGAAAUCUUGCUCUUCAGCCAAUGUAUACUUUGUCCGGUGGUCAGAAAAGCAGAGUUGCGUUUUCCAAGAUUACUUUCAAAAAACCUCAUAUCUUACUACUAGAUGAGCCGUCUAACCAUCUUGAUCUGGAUGCUGUUGAAGCUUUAAUUCAAGGCCUUGUUCUAUUCCAAGGUGGCGUUCUGAUGGUGAGCCAUGAUGAGCACCUAAUUUCUGGAAGCGUCGAGCAGCUUUGGGUUGUAUCUGAAGGCAGGGUCUCACCUUUCGGCGGGACAUUCCAGGAUUACAAGAAAAUUCUACAAUCAUCAUAGUUAGGUUGUGGCUAGAAAGUUUUUGACAGAGUGAAAGUGAUGUGAUCCGUUUGCUGAAUGUAGAACCUCUGGACAACACACACAGGAAGGGAGAGAGAGUCGUUAUUAUAUCUGUCAACACACUCAAGGGCUACUAAAAGGAGUAAGAUCUAUUUAAACGAGGAAGUGAUCUCGUGAAUUUGCCACAGCUCCUCUCAUCAAUUUUGGGAAAAUCAUGGCACAGAAUUAUUAAGUGCCUUCAUUUAUUGAUUACAUAGUACCUCAGUAACCGAUGCUUUAUGCUGAAAGCAUGAUAUUACAUUGUUGGUCAUGUGACACAGAUUUGUGUUCUUUAAAGCUUUCUUUAUGCUCUUGUUGAUCGCACUGCUGCUCCAUAUAAUGAAUGAUGCAUUAGUGUUUUCGUCA